GCACUGUUGGUCUAAUGUGCACUACAUCUUUAAUGGAACCUUCAUCAUCUACUAAACAGUCCAAACUCUGUAUAAUCUCUUUUCUUUUCCACUAAUCUCAUUUUCAAUACUGUUUCCGUACUGCACUCACUAUUCAAAAUUGUUUUCACAAACCCCACAAAUGUGUUUCUUUUGGUUAUAAAUUGUUGGCCUUUACUUGUCUCAGACUUCAAUUAAGGUUUACUCUGAAAUGGACUUGCACAAGCUUCCAUUGGUGGUUUUACUUUUCUCGGUUUUUUCUCUUUUAAGUUUCAUAGCACUCUGUGAUGACUCAGAGCUCACUGUGAAGUUCUCGAAGACUCCCCAUGCAUUCUCAAAUCUCAACUCAACCGUAUUCGUCUUUGAAGUUCAUGUGGGUGGGAAUGGUGCUUGCACCAAUUGUAAUAUCACUUGCAAGUUGGACGAUGGCUUUGGCCGCAUUAAUGCUUCUCAAUGUGAAAAUGGGACGGUUAUGUGUGAAGACUUGCAGGAUGGAGAUCAUAAAUUUGAGGUUUGCGCCAACGGGACUCAAGGAGUUGGCUGCAGUAGCCAUAACUGGACUAUUGAUAUUGUCCCGCCAACGGCAAAUAUCACCGCCUCAACUGAUUUCACAAAUGCUCUGAAUGUUUCUAUAAAUAUAUCUUUCAGUAAACCCUGUACUGGUGGAGGUUUUGUAUGUUCGUCUGUGAAAUGCAACCUUUUGGUCUACGGUGAUGGCAACGUUAUACCAAACUCGCUCAAAAUUCUACAGCCAAACCUCCAAUAUUCUGUCCUUGUGAAUUUAUCAUCCACUGCUCAGUAUGGGCGAGUGAUUUUGGUAAUGGAUAAGAAUUUUUGUACUGACAGUGCAGGGAACAAAUUUGAAAGAAACAAGAAUUCUAAUUUCACUCUGCAUUUCGAUAGACGAAGUAUCAACUUAACAACUCACGUUCCUAAAAGGCAACUUCAAUUUAAUGGUGAAACUAUACUGGUGCGAGCAACCAAUAACUAUAAGAAUCUAAGGGUCUGUUUAACCUUUCCAAAGCCUGUUAACAACACAUCUGAAGAAAUUAAAAAAUUUCUCAAAGCAGAAGUUUUAUAUUCACUCCAAAAGAGUCAGGGCUCACUUCUUCCUCUGGUUGACACUAAAAAAUAUGAAGGGCCUAGAAGAUUUGAAUAUAAGGUUGCUGCAUAUAUAUUUGACACGACUGUAGUCAAUGUAAGCAUUGAUACAACCUCUAUAAUAAGCAGACAGGGGACUCCAUUUUUUCCAGUUGAACCAUUUACUUUCAUAUAUGAGUCUCUGAGGCCUGCUGUACACUUGAUUGAACUACCUACCGAAUUUCCAAGGCUUGCUGUAAUGUGGCGUACACCAUCCCAUAUUUGGACAAGAGAACGCAACAUCCUUGUGUUGAUAAAAUUCGUGAAGCCUGUAUUUGGCUUUAGCCGUUCUAAUAUAUCAAUCAUAGGAGGGAAAUUACAGAGCUUUGAAGAAAUCUGUAAUGGCAUAUAUACUACAGUGAUAAAAGCAGACCAAGAUAUUGUAUCUGUCAAUGUUCCCGGAAGCGUAUCUGGGGAUGUUGCUGGAAACAAAAAUCAGCCUUCCAAUGUUCUACAAGUAAUGGACUAUUCUGUGCCGAAAAGAUCAACUACGUUUUUUGGAUCUACAAUUGGUUCAUUUGUAGUGAUAGUUAUUGCUGCCGGGAUACUUAAGGUUUCGAUAGCAAGCUUUCAUUCCAUUGGGGAAUUCUCAAGUCCAUUUCCUUCUUUAUCUCAGCCUGAGAGUAAUCUUUUUAGAAUUGCAUGCCAUCUUCAGGUUAUUGCAUUAUCUGGAUGGUUGGCAGUGAGACUGCCAGUGGAGUAUUAUGAAUUGACAAGGGGUUUGCAAUGGAGCAUUCCCUACUUAAGUGUUCCAUGGGAAAGGGAAACUGCGCACACCCGUCUGGUCAUGGAGAACUCGAGUCUCUCUGCCAUUACACACGUCUGA